CCCCCACGCGCUCUUUGGAGCGCGGCAAAUCCGCUCUCCGCCGGCGCACUCCUCCGGCUCUCGCCGGGGGUCACUGCCCUGGCGCUGCUGCGUCCCCACCACCGUGAAACCCCGCGGAGCCAGCUGGAUGGCUUUGCCCUUUGGUGUCUGCCCUCCAGCGACCCUGCAGACGCCGCCAUUCGCCGGUUCAGCAAAAAGAUGCUCAAAAAUAGACACACAGCAAGAGAGCGAACACAAGCGGGGGAGUGGGAGAGGGAGAAGCAGGCUUCCCACUGAGCAGAGAACCCGAUGUGGGGCUCGAUCCCAAGACCCUGGGAUCAUGACCUGAGCCAAAGGCAGACACUUAACGACUGAGCUACCCAGGCGCCCCUAAGCACAUCUCAGAUGUUUAUAAUGGAGCUGGAGUGAGCGUUGGAAAGGAUACACAUCUUUCUGUUCUACAGCUCAAGUCUGGAGUCAAAAUACAUUUGAGGAUGAGCAGGGAUGAUGUUCUCUUAGCUGUUCCUAUGGUAGAUGGCAAGUGACUGUUGAAAGGAUGAAUUAGAUAUUGCUUCAAGACACUACACAUCUACUCAAGGUAAAAGAUAAGAUGAUCAAGAAAAGGAUAACCACAUUCUUUUAGAGACAGAGACAGCGAGAGCAGGAACACAAGCAGGGGGAGUGGGAGAGGGAGAAGCAGGCUUCCUGCUGAGCCAGGAGCCCGAUGUGGGACUCAAUCCCAGGACCCUGCGAUCAUGACCUGAGCCGAAGGCAGUCGCUUAACCAACUGAGCCACCCAGGCGCCCAAAAUAGAUUCAACAUUUGGAUACAUGGAGUGGACCGGUAGAGGACAAGCCUUCAAAAAGGUCAACAACGGAAUUGAAGUUUUGAAGGAUGGGUAAAGACUUUCGUUAUUAUUUCCAGCAUCCCUGGUCUCGCAUGAUUGUGGCUUACUUGGUGAUCUUCUUUAACUUCUUAAUAUUUGCGGAGGACCCAGUUUCUCAUAGCCAAACAGAAGCCAAUGUUAUUGUUGUUGGAAACUGUUUUUCGUUUGUAACAAAUAAAUACCCUAGAGGAGUUGGCUGGAGGAUUCUGAAGGUGCUUCUAUGGCUACUGGCCAUUCUCAUAGGACUAAUAGCUGGCAAAUUUCUGUUCCAUCAACGUUUGUUUGGUCAGUUGCUCCGGUUAAAAAUGUUUCGAGAGGAUCAUGGGUCAUGGAUGACAAUGUUCUUCAGCACAAUUCUGUUUCUCUUCAUAUUUUCUCACAUAUACAACACGAUUCUUCUAAUGGAUGGGAACAUGGGAACUUUCCAGCUCACUCAUCAUCCCUUGUCGGCAUUUCUCCGCAACCGGGAGUCUACGGAGAGGACGAAAACAGAAAGCGGCCUUACAACCGAAGUUGUUACUCUGAAAGCAUAUAUCAUUACAGACUAUAUGGGCAUCCGAAAUGAAAGUUUCAUGAAAUUAGCUGCGGUAGGGACCUGGAUGGGGGACUUUGUCACAGCCUGGAUGGUCACUGAUAUGAUGCUUCAGGACAAACCUUAUCCUGAUUGGGGAAAAUCCGCAAGAGCUUUCUGGAAGAAAGGAAAUGUUAGGAUCAUUUUAUUCUGGACAGUUCUCUUUACUCUGACUUCCAUGGUUGUACUUGUCAUUACAACUGACUGGAUCAGCUGGGACAAGCUGAAUCGGGGUUUUUUGCCCAGUGAUGAAGUUUCCAGAGCAUUCCUGGCUUCUUUUAUCUUGGUCUUUGACCUCCUUAUUGUAAUGCAGGACUGGGAAUUCCCACAUUUUAUGGGAAAUGUUGAUGUAAAUCUUCCUGGGUUGCACACUCCUCACAUGCAGUUCAAGAUUCCUUUCUUCCAAAAGAUCUUCAAGGAGGAAUAUCGUAUUCACAUAACAGGUAAAUGGUUUAACUAUGGAAUUAUCUUUCUCGUCUUAAUUUUGGAUCUUAAUAUGUGGAAGAACCAAAUAUUUUAUAAGCCUCAUGAAUACGGACAGUACAUUGGCCCAGGGCAGAAGAUAUACACAGUGAAAGACUCAGAAAGUUUAAAGGAUUUGAACAGAACCAAACUUUCCUGGGAAUGGAGGUCCAAUCACACUAACCCUCAGACUAACAAAACCUAUGUUGAAGGAGAUAUGUUCUUACACAGCAGGUUCAUAGGGGCUAGCCUUGAUGUCAAGUGUCUGGCUUUUGUUCCAAGUUUAAUAGCUUUUGUGUGGUUUGGAUUCUUCAUUUGGUUCUUUGGACGGUUUUUGAAAAAUGAGCAAGGCAUGGAGAAUCAAGACAAAACUUACACUCGCAUGAAAAGAAAAUCACCGUCAGAACAUAGCAAGGACAUGGGAAUCACUCGAGAAAACACGCAGGCCUCAGUGGAAGACCCACUGAGCGACCCUCCCUUGGUCUGCAUCAGGUCCGACUUCAACGAGAUUGUCUAUAAGUCUUCCCACCUCACAUCAGAAAACUUGAGCUCGCACUUGAAUGAAUCUACCAGCACGACAGAAGCUGAUCCAGACCCAACGACUUCUAAAAGUACGCCUACGAACUAGAUUCCCUUAAUUGGAGAUAGCGCAAAAAGCAAACUUGAGUGUAACUUUAAAAAGGUUAGUCUUUCCUUUUGUAAAUGUAAGGUUUACGUAGUGUUAGGUAGAGAAACACAAACAAUGCCACAACGGUGCUCAACAUGCUUUUUCUAGGACUCAUUGUUUUCUAUUUGUAUUAUAAUACACGUGCCUACUGUAUAUCUAACGUCCUCUAGAGAUUGCUUUUCACAAUUGCACAAGCUAUUUACUGACUUUACAGCAUAGUAGACGAUUAGCUGAUUACCCGUGUAUCUGAUGUUCAACCAUAGUGGUGCCUUGAGACAUUAAACUAUUUUUAACUGUACCAGAACUGAAGUGUGGAACAGUCCUCGAACCUACUUCACAUGGGUUUUUUUGUAUACAAUUAUUUUGAUCUACAUUUGAUGUCUUAGCAGGAAACAGAUAUAGCCAUGAUGUGGCUUAGGAAGUAUCUCUUGUUUCCUAUUCAGCAGUGGAGUUGGUGACUUUGACAGCAGGAUUGCACAGAGGCCUGGUGAUAACCUUUGAAUUUGUUCUGGCUAUCUGCCAAAUACAAAUACAGAUUCAAAAUUCAGUAUGAGGAGAAUGAUAAUCCAGCAUGGGUCACUACUUGUGAAAUGUGGCUUUCUCCAGCCAGUAAUUGCAAUUAGAUGGUAAUACCUAAUUAUGUUUUCCUAAUUAAAGAUAAAUUGCUACUUGAUUAAAUAUCCUGCCCUUCACCUAUGGGAACAAAGGUUAAGAGGCGCAGUUGGGUGAACUCUCAAAUUUAUUGGCAUUUACACAAAGCGCUAGAAAACCAAGGAACUGAAGUUUUAAUCACGUGAGAGUUGUACAGCCUACUAUCUGCAAUAUUUGUACAUCUUUCUGUAAAUAUGGCUCUGGACAAUGAAAAUUGAAAAACAUAUGCCAACCCUGAAUAAGGGAACUCCUCUAAAAAUCAUGCAGCAGAACCUUGUGAGGUAGAAAAAGACGUGCAUGAAAGAAUCUAUUCAAGUAGCUUGUUUUGUGUGUGCAUUUUUUUUUUGUUUUUUGUUUUGUUUUUUUAAGAAUUAAACAUCAUACAUUAAUAAAUAUAAAUUAUAUAUCAGUAA